AUGGACCGCCUCUUGUGCUUCUGGAAGGGCCUAGAACUCAAGAAGAACCCCCCCACACCCCCUCCAAAAACAGGCCUGCCCUUCCAGCCCCAGGCCUGUGAGUCCUUGCAAAGGUGCCAGCAGCCUCGGGCUGCCCCACUAUUCUCCCACAUCGCCCAGCCCGCGAUCCCCGGUGAGUGCGCCUCGGUUCUGCAGAAGGGGGUCCUGGGUCCAGAGGCACCACCAGCGCCCGUGGCGAGGGCGCUUGAGGACGACGAGAGAGACUUCCCCGCCCUCGUGCCCCCCGCGCUCCGAGGGAAGCGCGAAGUGAGGCGCCGCGAGCACCGCGGGGACCCGCCCGCCCCGGCGGCCCCGGACGCCUGCCCCCACCCAACGCGCCUCGCGGGCUCCCGGCCUCUCCCGGCCUCCCAGCCCCCACGGGCAACCAGCUCGGGCCCGGAGCCGCGGCCACCUGUCCGCCAGCGCGAGGGCAGGUGCGCUCGGCGGGGACCCAGGAGCGACAGCUGCGCGGCCGGCCCGCGGCUCGCUCUCCGCGGUUCCCUCCACCCGGCCAGGACCCCGGUCCCGGACGCCGGGUCGCGGGCGCCGCCUGGCGGCCGCUCUUCCCCGCAGCGCACGACCAGCGCCGGCCCAAGGUCAAGGGGGCCGCGUGCCCAGCAGCUCGCGCCGCCAGAGUCCACCCUGGCCGGACUGCGGUUUCUUCGGGGCCACACGGUGACGGACCCGCUCCCACCGGCAGCACAGCACGAAGCAUGCAGCAGAGCUGGACGCACGGGUUCCGGUGUCCGCGAGCAGUGGAAGCCUAGUGUGCUACGGUGCCUCUGUGUGGGAGAGCGUUUAAAAAUUUCCAGUUUCCCCCAAAGAGCUUCCGUUUCCCCGCUCUGCUACAGGACUCGGAUCCGUGCUCCGUGCUGUCACCUCCUUAGGCCACUGCCACCGAGGGACCUGCGAACCCCUCCCCGUGCCUGGCGCGUCCUGCCGAGACAUCGUUCCGUACCCAGGCGGGACAGCAAAUGAAGGUGACUCAGAACAGACUCACACCUCAGACUCACAUCCUUUCUCCGCCGCACAGAUAAGCUGAGAGAUUUUUAUUGCACUAAUAGUUACGGGUAUACUAAUAUCUCAAAAUACUGAAUCAUUUCAGACAUACGAUUACAAUAGUCAUACAACGGACGGAGUGGGGACAGGAACCAGCGCGCUGGGGGGCACAUCCGUAUUGUACAUCAAAAUCAAUGGCAAAUAUUUCUCCAAUUAUUCUUAGAAAAAUACUAGACAGAUUAGAAGCUGAAAAGCUUUGCUUAAUAACAACCUGUAUAUACAGGAUAAGCUUAGACCUUCAAAAACCAGGUAAAAACUGGCCAAGUAAAACACAUGGGAAACACGGGUUAACACACGUACUAAGCGGCAGCAGAUGCCGUACCGAGGCACUGUACCAAAAUAAAGCAUCCACCGCCCGCAGGAGACGGUUCGUUCCGUCGGUCUUCAUGACGACUUCGCUACCGGUAGACCGACUUAGUCUAAUGUGGGUCAGGACUGACCCGAGAGCAAAGCUGUCUCACGGGAGGUAAAGAAAGCACACAUUCCCAGCCAGGUUUUGCGUGAACAUGGAUUGUACUGUUUAAUGCAGACCCAAGGCCGAACAGUUCUGGGGGUAGGUUUUACUAACAUUACAGGUUCUCCUCAUGUAAGACCGUAAGAAUACAAUAGUGUUACGAGCCCGAUUCAAGUGACACGCGGCAGCCCCCUAGGACACGGACGGCUCCCAGCCGGGGACAAGGAAAGCUCCGUCCGUGUCGCCAGCGUUCCUGACGGGAGCGUCAUCAGGUGCAAGGAACUAGAACAGGUCGGACAGGGGACGUCAUGCCUUAAGUCACGCGAGGAUGACGCGAUCAUCUCCACGACCGGGAGCCACACGAGCACGCGCACCGGCCCCCGAGACCUCCCUCCCUCACAGGCGCGCUCAGAGCUCGUGGCCGGAAAAGCUAGAGAUCACCUUGUUUGAAGCGAAACAAUGGAGAUUUUAAAAGGAAACCGACACUGAACUUUCAAAUCAGACUUUGAAAAUGAAGUCAAGCCUGGGGCAGGACAGGCCUCAGGCACUUGAGUUUAGAAACUCCGAGAUUUUAAGCGCACCCGCGAGCAGCCCUAAAAAGGACUUUGGCCAAAGUGAGCUCCCAGUGGUCUGCAUGGGGACCUGCAGGCGCCAGGGGUGGGAUGCGCACAUGGGAAGGGCUCAAAGCCCAAAGACACAAAAAUGCCCUUGGACUCCACGAUCCGCUGAGUCCCACUGCCACAGUUCUAGCAGGAGACACACAGGGAGGGCGCUUAGCUAUCGGGCAGCGCGGAGACAAAACGGCAAUCUCGAGGGCCACAGUUUUAUCCUCCUCUCGGUGUCAGGGCCACUCAUUCCCUUAUCUCUUAUUUUUCGCUGCCUGCGGUGACCAAAUCAGUAUCUCUGAAAGAAAAGGACGGGCUGCCCGCGUCCAAGAGCCGUCCGUCCUCUAGUAGGGUUAUUGGGUGAGAGGUGACAACAGCAAGUCUGUUCGCCACCAUGCGGGAACCGACACGUUACCAAGGCACUUGAGAACAAUGGGAAAUUCUCUUCUUCCCAUCAACUGGCAGUCACAGAACCGGGUCCCCAGAAAGCAAGUAUAGACACCCGCAUGCCCUUUAACGAAAGGGAACCCACCACACGCGGACAGACCUUACUGGCUCUUUCUGGCCCUUGAGACACCGCCACGUGCCACUGACAUGAGCUCCGAAGCCCAGCGGGUGCGCAGAGCUGUCGCUGCUCGGCCCGAGCGGGAGAUGUUCUGAUGCCGGGGCCGCGCCCCUCCUCGGGCAAGCUGGCGAGGUCUGGUCCCGCAGAGCUACUCGCUGCCGCUAUGGAACAGCACGGGGUGUGCGCAGGGAGUCUGUCCGCGACGCAGCCUCCAACAGCAGCAGCCUGGGACGCGCCACACUCAGGCACUUCGGGAGGCUUAGCGCGACCCGACAGCGGCAACUCAUCUCCAGCUUUCCUGAUCUUGCCACAGGGAUGGGUGUUUCCUUUUUUUUUUAAGGUCUCCUAACGUCACUUAAAUGUUCCCAGCCUUACUGAUGACCAUUGAAAACUGUGACUUCAGAGUUUACAACAAAAACUUGAAGGUAAUAACUUGGUGUUUUAUCCCUUCUUCAGGGCAGUCUCAAAGGUUUUUUUUUUUGCUACUAAUUUUCAUAAUUUUCUUAUGUUGCACAGGAAACAAAAGAGGUUCCCCUCUAAACGCAGAGUAUGGGGGAAAAUACAGACACCAUUUUCCAAACAAAAAAUGCUUAUGAAAAAAAAAAAAAACCCCAGAAAAUCCAAAAACAAA